UAAGGUAAGAGGAAGCAAUUUUCCAUCACCUACUCUUGCUUUGCUUCUCAAUUUCCCAUCUCGUGAUUCUGCUUCCCCUUCUUUAAUCUUUUCUCAUACUAAGAUCUAAAAUAAUGGGUGAACAGAAAACAAGAGAUCAUUCAUAGAAGACUAAAAUUUCACUCACAUAAUAAUAAUAAUAAUAAUAAUGGGGUCUAUGAGUAACUCAAAUCCAAAUCCAUGGACUCCAAAGGAUUGUUCUGAAGGAAUUUGUAGCAUCUAUUGUCCUCAGUGGUGUUACAUAGUGUACUCUCCUCCUACUCCAAUUCUACUAGGUGAUGGUGAUGAUGACCCUUCUGGAUUUGAAUUCUCUCCUCUCAUAGUUGCUGCGAUUGGAAUCUUGGCUAGUACUUUCAUCUUGGUCACUUACUAUACCAUUAUCUCAAGGUUAUGCAGGCAAAGACACAACACAAAUGAUCCAACAGAAGACGAUGGAAACAGCGAAUUGGCGCGAAUUUCUUCGUCUGCCAAUUCUGGUUUGGAUGAGGCUCUCAUCAAAUCCAUCAGGGUUUGCAAGUACAACAAGGGUGGUGGGUUGGUGGAAGGUCACGAUUGUUCGGUUUGUUUGAUCGAGUUCCAAGAGAAUGAAAACUUGAGAUUGUUGCCAAAAUGCAACCAUGCUUUUCAUCUCCCUUGCAUUGAUACUUGGCUCAAGUCUCAUGCUACUUGCCCUUUGUGUCGUUCUUCUGUCACCGCUUGUCCAAAUCCGAAUCCAAAUUCUUCCAUGGAACCCCCACCAAGAGUCAUUGUUAAUGCCUUGGGACACCAACUUAGGAGUAACCAUGUUGUUGUUGUUGAGAGUUCUGAGGAACAACAGAAAGAUGGUUAGUUUUGAUGCUCAUACUUUGAAUGACAGUGAAGGGUAUCAUACAUAGGGGAAGCUAAUAUUUGGGGAACAGAUCUGCUUCAACAAGUACACAGAGAUCCAUGUUCACAAGGCAUAUACUAUACAUAUAUAGUAAGUGAAUGAAUUCUGUUCUUCCAA